AGGGUGAUUUUUGAUGAACAGCCUUUGAAUAGAGUAGGAGAGACCGAAAGCAUGCCGUAAUGUAUAGAUAUCCGUAGUGUCUUCAAAGCUGGAAUAAAUCAUAAAUAACACAUCAUAAAAUCAGAAGUGCCCGCAUAUUAUAAUGACGAGGCAUAGUCAUUAAAAACGGGGGGGGUUUUGUGCUUGAAGUUGCGUUUUUUGGUUCAAUAUUGAAUGGCAUUCUGCUACUGUGUAUGAGAGCUUUUAGCUUUUUAUUCAAACUCACUUUGCUUCCCUUCAGAAGCAUUUUGAAUGACAGAGAACGGGACUACAGGCUUUUGUUCUGGUCAUUUGUGUUUGAGAGAAGAGGAGCUCUUUCUCUCUCUCUCUUUCUCUCUCUCUCUCUUUCUGUCUCUGUCUCGGUCCUCUCUCUGCUCUCUCUCUUCUCUCUUUCUCUGUCUCUCUUUCUCUCUCUCUCUCUCUCUGUCUAUCUCUCUCUUUCUCUCUCUUUCUCUCUCUCUGUCUCUGUCUCUGUCUCGCUCCUCUCUCUCUUCUCUCUUUCGCUCUCUCUCUCGCUCACUCCGUUUGAAAUUCACCAAAUCUCUGGAUGUGUGUAUGAAGCAGGCAGUUAUAGCUCUGCUUCAAUGGGCUUUUAGAACCAUCAAACCACACAGAGAGAGGAGGUCACGUGCCUUCACAGAGAGGCACACAACCUGCGUCUGUAAAUGUGAUUCCAGCGAUAGAAAUACCCCAUUUUAUUUGUCUCUCUCCAUCCCAUCCUCUUUCUACUGUCCUCACUCUCAUCCUCUCCCUCGCAUCCUCUCUUCCUCUCUCCUUCCAUCCUGGUCCCUCUCUCCAUCCCGCUCUCCCUCCCCCCCUCCUUCUUUCCUCCCCAUGACUAAAGGCAGCUCACUCCUCUGCAGUGUCUCCCGGGCCUCCCUGAUUUGCUCUGUGCUGGGGGGACAUUUGCAUAGGCUGGCCCACUUCUGAGUUCUCCCCUCCUCCCUUUUUCCCCUCUCUCUGUCCCAUCGUCUUCGCUUAGUUUCACCUGAGCCCCUUUCGAUCUCAUCCUCCCUCUCUUUCCCCAUUGCUCUCUCUCCCUCCCACUCUUUAUCGGCAGCUCUCUCCUACCCUCGCUCUCUCACAACAGCUCUCAUUUUCUCAUUCUCUCUCUUUCUGUGCGUCUCGCUCUGUUUUUCCUGUGGAGUAAUACUAAGAGCUGUCAGUUUGGGUUCCAAGGGUUAACAACCCAGACCGCUACACUUCUCUAUUCUCUGGGAAGAAAAGAAAAGGAGAGGUGUUGUUGGGAAGAGAAAAAGGAUCCGCUGAAAGAGGGAAGAGAAAAAGGAUACGCAUGCAGAGAAAACAAUGUAGUCUGUAGCUAGUGCAGAACACUGACUGAGAGAUCGUGAUAGCAGUGAGGGAGAGAAGCCAGGCAGCCUGCGCUGCUGAGCAGUAAACAGAUAGUGGGAGAGCCGAGAGUGUGUGGAGCUCUCUCUCUCUCUCUCUCUCUCUCUCUCUCUCUCUCUCUCUCUCUCUACUCGCUGGAGCAGAGUAGCAGCUCAGAGUGUAUAGCAGAGAGAGCAGAGCGGAGAGCCAGUGGCGCAGGUCGUUCCCGUCUCGUCACACACACUCUGAGCACCUCUAGGUGACGGGGCACAAGGGGAUGCACUCCAGGUGAAGACGACACACUCGCACACACUCGCUAGCGACACACACUCACACACUCGCUAACGACACACACACUCUCACGCACUCUCCCACGCUCGCUAGCGACACACACACUCACACACUCUCGCCUAUGGGCAUCAAAGGAGCUGCCGACAAGAGACCUAAAAACGCCUUGGAUUGAGAUACUAAGAGAAUAACAACGAGCUGCUGUGAGCUACAUAGGAUCCAUUCAUACCAGGAGGAAGGAGACGAGGAAAGGAGAUAAGGAAGGGAAGCAUAGAGAAAACCGUGCCACACUUUGUUUGUAGGCGAUCUGGAUUUUACACUCAGGAGAUUCUUUAUCGUGUAGAUUUCUGCUUUUGUUACCAUGGGGUCUUCAGUAUUACCCAAAGGUUGUUACUUCUUAUUCUGAGAGAGAUUACCUGAGAUUACCGUUGUUACCUGCACUACUAUCUACAGACCACAGGGGGCGUUGUGCUUGGUUGAGUGGACCAUGCUCCUCGUUGGGAUGCCCCAGGGCUGGGGCUGGAGCUGGGGGUCCUACCCCUGGAUGAGUGCCCUGGUCUUGGCCACGGGCUGGGUGGUGGUGGGGUCCGCCUGGGGCUCCUCGUCCCCUGACCUCCAGGUCCUAUCAGCCACACCAGGGGAAGGGGUACCCCUGCCUCCCGCCCCCCUCUCACAACCCCACCUUGGUCCUGAGCCCCACCACCACACCCAGGGGGCUAGGCACCACCCUCCUAACACUCCCUCCGCCUCCAUUUACCGCUCCGCUGGCCCUGCUCUGCUACGGGGCGGACACG